UGGCAACAAAUGGAUGUUGAAUAUACUUUCUGGCAAAUGCUUAACCUUUGUACAUCUCCAAAAGUUGUUUUAGAAACUAAGAACCAAUGGGCACGUGAUGACCCUGCUUUUAUUGUGAUCUGUAGCCUGCUUCUUGUUGUUGCAACCUUAGCCUACUGCGCAACGUAUGACCAUAGUGGCUCUCACGCUGUUGUCGUAGUUGUAUCAGUUUUCCUCACCCAUUUCUUAAUCACCGGAGCAGUUAUAGCUACAUGCUGUUGGUUUCUGACGAACUCUUACCUCCGCGAGGAAACUCCAAAUAGUCAUGUUGUUGAACAACGCGUUGAAUGGCAACAUGUUCAUGACUUACCUUUUAUGUAUAGGCUAUACACAUUUGAUGUUCACUGCAACUCAUUCUUCCCAAUGUUUGUGCUACUCUACGUCGUACAUUACUUCUUGUCACCACUCCUGAUAGCCCACGGAUUCAUACCUUUACUGCUAUCAAACUUGCUUUUCAUGGUCGGGGCUUCGUACUACCAUUAUCUUAACUUCCUAGGUUAUGACGUGCUUCCAUUUUUGGAACGAACAACAUUCUUCCUCUACCCAAUCGGGAUCGUGAUUGUCCUGUCACCUAUUUUGAUCUUAAGUGGAUUCAACCCGUCAAGAUAUUUCAUGAACAUCUACUUCAGCCAAAGAUUAUGA